AUUUGCGAGAUUUAAUAACAAAUAUGGCGGGGCAUAAAGCAGGUGAUCCUUUGGAAUGCUACAGUAUUCCAUUGGUUUUGAACAAAGAUGCUGAUUUAGAUGAUGAAGGAAACCCAGUCAUUGGACAAGAUGGCAAUCCCAGACACCGAUGUGGAUUUAAAAUUGGUGGGGGUAUUGACCAGGAUAACACAAAAUGUCCAUAUGGAUAUCCUGACAAGGGUAUUUAUGUCACCUAUAUUCACGAGGGUGGGCCCGCUGCCAGGUGCGGACUUCAGGUUCAUGACAAAAUUUUACAGGUGAAUGGCCAUGAUAUGACGGUGGUGACACACAGGAAGGCGGUGGAGUACAUACAGAGGAAGCCCCAACUUAACAUGCUGGUAUAUAGGAAGGGUGUGCCUAACCUCGGCCAUCAAGAGCAACACCAGCAAACUCAGUUCCAGAGCUUCACCCAGCAACAGGACUAUCCCAUCGCCUACCAAUAACUGACUAACUACGGACACAUACCACUAACCAGCUUCACCAACUUAUCAUUGCUAGCUCUCCAACUUGGAUAUCAACACAUACAACUGACAGGCUUGGUGUCAACACAUUAAACCAGUGACGGUCUCAGAAUCACCACAUCCAACUGACAGGCUUGGUGUCAACACAUUAAACCAGUGACGGUCUCAGAAUCAACACAAACAACUGACAGGCUUGGUGUCAACACAUUAAGCCAGUGACGAUCUCAGAAUCAACACAUACAACGGACAGGCUUGGUGUCAACACAUUAAACCAGUGACAAUCUCAGAAUCAACACAUACAACGGACAGGCUUGGUGUCAACACAUUAAACCAGUGACGAUCUCAGAAUCAACACAUACAACGGACAGGCUUGGUGUCAACAAAUUAAACCAGUGACGGGCUCAGAAUCAACACAUACAACUGACAGGCUUGGUGUCAAACCAUUAAACCAGUGACUGUCUCAGAAUCAACAAUCAACACAUACAACUG